GUGGAAAAUUUUAGAAUUUAACCAAUCAUAUUACGCGAAUAUCUGCAUGUGUCGUGAGACAUUGGACUUGAAAAGUCAAAAUGGCGAUGCCAGCAAAGAGUGAUGACCCUAGGGAACAGAUAACCUGCUUAUUUUGCAGCGCCAAGUACCUAACGCAGAACCUGUAGCUCAAGGAUUCGUGCCUGACCCUACCGGAGUACAUUUGUCUUUGCUGCAAACUACUGGUGCAGUUAAAAACACACUUCAGCAUAGUCAAACCGUAGCGACUGCUAGAAGUGCAACUCAAGUUCGUCCUUCGUCUCCAGCUGUAUUUGGCAAUCUGUACAAUCGAGUUGAACCUAUAAAUGUGGAGAUAUACGAUCAUGACGCUACUCUUUUCACCAAAUCUGCUGACGGUGGACAACACCAAGAAGAUGUACGAUUGUCUCCACUUGAUAUAAAGAGCAAAACACUUCAUGCAAAGUUGAUUGACUUAAUUCAAGGGUAUUCUGUUCUAUGGAGAACUACCAGCAACAGUUUAAGGAUAAGGAUAGAAAACAAAGAUCAUGGGAGGAGAUCAGUGUUAAAUUGGGAGUUGAAGUGGAGUACAUAAAGCGUGAAUGGGAAAAGUUAAAAGACAAUUAUCGCAAGUGUUUACAACGCAGAGAGAAAAUGACAAGAUCUGGAGCAGGAAAUAAAAAAUUACCAACUUGUAACUUUUUCACUGAACUGUCAUUUCUAAAAGAUAUUGUAUCAAACAGAAAGACUAUGAGUAAUGUUGAGAUUGUUAAUGAUGAAUCACAACCAUUAACACCAAGCAAAAAAGAUGUUGUUGAACAAAAUAAUGAAGAGUUAUCAUUGGUAGGAACUACAGCAGGGAACCAAGGAACUCGUAAACCAAGGAACAAGUGAUCCAGUUCUUAUAGUAGUGAUGUGCAACUUGGAAUUGAUGCAUUAAUUGUAAAAGCAUUAACUAGUGAUGAAAAAAAAGAUCAGCCACCCACAAAGAAGGCUUCAGAAGAAGAUCCAGACACAUUAUUUUGUCUCAGUCUAGUUGAUUCUUUGAAGGGUCUAAGUAAGAGAAAAAAGAUGUAUGUAAAAAUGAAGAUAGGGGAGCUUUUUUAUAACUCAAUGGAAGACCCUGAUGAUAUUUAAUGAACUGUGGUCGACCAUCUUGGAAAGGAAAUCCACCAAAACUUUGCAUGUUUACUUCAGUUUUGGAAUCGUUAGUUUAGAAGUUUUCUCAUUGUUAACUUACUUGAAGUUCUUAUUUAUUUCUGUUCAUAAUUAUGAAUGUAAAAGUUAAAACAAAAACAAAACAUAUGCACUGGCAAUGAAUUGUUAUGGUAGUUACCUUUGUAUAAUUUUAAUAUUUUGUAUAACAUUAAUUUUAAAGCAUUAA